UGUUGUUUUUCUCCUGGAGGAGAAGCGCUGCGUCUCUUCUUUUCACUGUAAGUUCCCUCGUUUGUGUUUUUAUCCUCAAAUGACUGAUUCGCUGAACUGGACUUGAAGAAGACGGAGAAAUGGCGAGUCCUCCUGCGUCGGGGGGACACCUGUUAUCCAACGGGACGGCGGAGGUGAAGAAGUGCGGAUACCUGCGGAAGCAGAAACACGGACACCGGCGCUUCUUCGUGCUCCGGGAGCCCACGGAGCGCAGCCCGGCCCGGCUGGAGUACCACGAGAGCGAGAAGAAAUGGAGGAACGGGUCCGCCGCCAAGCGCGUCGUAACUUUGGACUCGUGCCUGUGCGUAAACAAGCGCGCGGACGCCAAACACAAGUACCUCAUCGCCCUCUACACCAAGGACGAGUACUUCGCGGUGGCUGCGGACACCGAGCAGGAGCAGGACAGCUGGUUCUCCGUUCUCACUGAGCUCAUAGCAGAAGGGAAGGUGUUCGAUAGCCCCGCCUCCACCUCCUCCUUAGUGGGCUUUGAGGAGGCCACCUAUGGACACCUUGCUCCUGCAACUACCUAUAAGGAGGUGUGGCAGGUCACCUUGAAGUCCAGAGGCCUGGGUCAGGUCAAGAACCUGACUGGGGUGUACAGGUUGUGUUUGUCCAGCAGAACCAUCAGCUUCGUCAAGCUGAACUCUGAAACGGCGGCGGUCACUUUGCAGCUCAUGAACAUCAGGAGGUGUGGUCACUCGGACAACUUCUUCUUCAUCGAGGUGGGCAGAUCGGCGGUGACGGGGCCCGGGGAGUUCUGGAUGCAGGCGGAGGACUCUGUGGUGGCGCAAAACAUACACGAGACCAUCCUGGAGGCUAUGAAGGCCAUGAAGGAGCUCUCCGAGUUCAGGCCGAGGAGCAAAAGCCAGUCGGCCAGCACCAACCCCAUCUCCGUGCCCACCAGGCGCAACCUCAACAACCUGCCCCCUAGUCAGACGGGUCUGGUGAGGAGGUCCAGAACAGACAGCGUGGCCACUUCAUCCCCUGGAGGGAAGUUCCUAUCCUGUCGGAUAAGAACGUCCAGCGAGGGAGAUGGGAGUGUGACCCGGCCUGUGUCUAUGUCUGUAUCUGUGAGCGAGAGCCCCACCAGUCCCGGUUCUGGGAUGCACCUCAACAGGUGCCACACACUCAGCAGUGGGCGCACCUGCAGGAUGCUGGACUCCGCCUCCAACCUCCAUCACAGCCGCUCCAUACCGGUGUCCAACUCCCCUCCUGUUUCCUCCAGCCCCAUAAGCGCAUCGCCCAGAGGAGGGACCAUGGUCUGCACUCCAGAUAAAACCCGGCGGCCCUUUAGCUGCAGCGCCUCUAUUUCAGGGUCCCUAAGUGACACCGGGUUCAUUCUUUGUGAUGAUUACAGUUCCAGCCCCGGUGAACCUAGGUGCCUCUGCCUGACCCGCAGUAACACCCCCGACUCUUUGUCCAGCACGCCACCAUCCCAUGACAACAGUGACCUUGGUGGUUACAUGAUCAUGGAGGGAGCUAACGGCAGCAAGUCUGGAGCCAAAGGUUCAGCAUUUGACAAAGCGUACAGGAAGCGAACGCAUUCUCUCACCACCCCACGCCAACAAAAAGUGGUGGCAUCAUUGUCUUCAGCUUCUUUGGACGACUAUACCCUCAUGAGGAUGGCUCACGGGCAGAAUUCGCACUCUGCCUCACCCAAAGUCUGUUACCCAGAGGAUUACGGUGACAUCGAGAUCGGCUCAUCUCGGAGCUCCAGUAGUAACCUUGGAGACGACGGCUACAUGCCCAUGACACCAGGUGUAGCACCUCCAUCUGGCAAGGCAGACAACUAUGUCCCCAUGAGUCCCAUGUGUGUUUCUGCUCCGAAGCAGAUCGUGAACCCCAGGAUUCAUCCCCAGGCAGCUGCAGGUGGGGGCCACAAAACCAACUCCCCCUGCAGCAGCUCUCUGGAGGACAGCGGUUACAUGCCGAUGUGGUGCGGCUCCAAAUCCUCUAUGGAGAGCCCUGACAGGCAUGGCGAGUACAUGAACCUGUCACUUGGAAACCCCCCUCCUCUUCAGACUCCACCUGAUUACUUCCAGGGUCCACUUGCAGGUGAACCAGCUUCUUUUCGGCCAGCCUACCAGACCGGGUCCCUCACCCUGCCGGCAAAACUUCAGGCAUCCAAGAAUGAGGAUAGUGGUCAGUAUGUGUUGAUGAGCCCCCAGAGCUUAAAGAGGUCAGAGGGAUCAGACUACUACUCUGUGAUGAACCCUAGUGCUGCUCAGACUUCACCUCUAAGCCCCUCAGUACCCGCCACGAUCAGACACAACCGAGCCGAGAGCCUGACUUACAGGGGGAGGCUGGGUCGGCCUAAUAGACUGUCCCUGGACACCCUACGGACCCUGCCCAGCAUGAAUGAGCAUCCUCUCCCUGGAGAGCCCCGGAGCCCUGGCGAGUACAUUAACAUUGACUUUGGCAGUACCAGAUCCUCCCCACCCUCCAUCGUCUCUACGGAGAGCUGGUCAUCUUGGGGAUCCAGCAGUGGGGGCCCGGGUAGGUCGUCGUCGGUGGACUACAUCAGCCUGGAGCUGGGCUUGCGCUCCCCAAAAGAGGACGACGCUCCUGCUGAGAGCCUGGGUGCUCUCCCAGAGUUCCCUUGCUCGGGGGAGGAUGAGGAGUACCAUGUGGAGAGGGAGCACGGCAUUGGUGAUGAAGUCAAAGACGAUUACACUGAGAUGGCAUUUGGGGGUACCAUCUCACCCCCGCACCUUUCACCUCAGAACUCAGCAAGCAGCCAGAGCAGCAGGGAGCGGCAGCUCUCGCGUGAGGACCAAGGUGUCCCAGAGCACAUCGGAGUCUUCCUCCUCGGAGGACCCUCAACCACCAACCCGGACUGCUCUGCCAAGGUCAUCCGGGCCAAUCCUCAGGGGCGGCGGCGCCACAGCUCGGAAACCUUCUCCUCCACAGCCACCGUGACCCCCGUCUUUCCCUCGUUCGCCCGUCCGGACUUGGUGAAGAGGCCCAGCUCGGUUGAGAACGUCUCGUCCCGGAGCAGUGAGGGCUCCGACGAGGAGUACAGCAGCCCCGUGAACCGCCACAGCUCCGGCUACGCCAGCGGGCUGAACUACAUCGCCUUGAACCUGCUGGACCACAGUGAUGUGGAGAAGUGUGGCGACCUGGUUGGCUUUAAACCCAGCAGCUGCAAAGGGGGCAUCAAUGGAUUACACAGCACUCCAUACGUCUGCUUGGGCUUCAAGGAGGGGGCAACCACUGCCAAAGACUGAAGGACUCGCCAGUCCUUGGACUUGGCGUCACGACCUGCUGCUUGAGAAUAAAAAC